UAAUCCUAAAAGAUUUUAGCAAUUCAAAUUAUCCAGAAAAUCCUAUCAUCCAUUUUUUGAUCAUUAAGAAUGUGGCGAAAGAUGUAAAGGAUAUUAAAAAUAUAAUCAAAACCCAACCUUUUAAAAUAUUCGAGGAGACUUUAAUGACCAGGAUUGACUUGCCGGGUGAUAAAGAUCUCCAUGGAGCUAUGGCAGCGAUAUUACGUUUGCAAUACAUUUAUAAGUUGGAGACCAAAGAUCUAGCGCAUGGAAAAAUUAAAAAAUUAAACUUUAAAUCAGCACUAUCAGCCGAUGACUGCUUUGAAAUAGGGAAACAUGCUUAUGAGGAUGAUAAUUAUUACCAGGCUAGUUUAUGGUUCACGGAAGCGAUUCAGAUUUUGGAUAGGAAAAAAAAUGAUUCUUCAUUUAAAAAGAAUAUACUUUUGGAAUAUACUGCAUAUUCGUUUUACCAAUUAUGGCCUUAUAAUAUGAAUCAAAGCCAUGUAUUGACUUACGAGUCUGAUCACACCAAACUGAUAUUCGCUUCGGACUUGGUUGUGCUAGACAAUGAUCUUAAUUUUGUUACAAAAUCUCUGCUAAAUAUAGAACCUAAUCAUUCUAUCGCUCAAGGAAAUAAACUAUGGUAUGAAUAUGAAAUCAGUGAAUUGGAACAAUCCAAUCAAAUCAAAUUGGAUGAUUAUUAUGAUAUCGAUUCUCGAACUUUUAAAAUAUAUUCUCCUAAAAGAUGGGAAACGUAUUUUGAUGGUUAUAUGCCUGUAUAUAGUGCACUUUGUAGGGGAGAUAAAAUAAUUGAAAAGAACAAUUACAGAAAGGGUUCAACCUGUCGCUACAUGAAUAGACACAAACAUCCCCUUUUGUUAUUGGCGCCUAUAAAAGAAGAGGUUUUAUACACAAAUCCCUGGAUUGCAGCUUAUCAUAACGUAAUUACUGAUGCUGAAAUAAACAUUCUUAAAACUUUGGCUCAACCACAACUGAAAAGAGCCACUGUUGUCAGCAUUGAGACAUUUACCAAUGAAAUAGUUGAUGAUAGAGUAAGUAAAAGUGCGUGGUUAGACGAGGUUGAUACUACAUUGGUAGAGUCCUUAAAUCUCAGAAUCAAUGCUAUAACGGGAUUAGAUAUGCUUACAUCCGAAAGUUUGCAGAUAGGUAAUUAUGGAAUUGGCGGGCAUUACGAUCCUCAUUAUGAUUUCUCAGAAGACCCCCAAAAUCCCAUAUCUUCCAGAUUAGCGACAUUCAUGUUUUAUUUAAGCGAUAUUAAUGAAGGUGGAGCUACUGUAUUUCCUAAGAUUAACCUACGCGUACAACCUGUCAAAGGAUCUGGAAUAUUUUGGUAUAAUUUGUAUGUGAAUAGAUCCGGAAAUCAUGAUACGCGACACGCUGGCUGUCCUGUAUUGUUAGGAUCUAAAUGGGUGGCCAAUAAAUGGAUCCAUCAAUUCGGUAAUAAUUAUAAAGCACAAUGUAAAUCGAAAUAUCAAAAGCAAAAAAAUACUAAAGGAAGCACAAUUUAAUACAUAAAAAUGAG